GGCUGCUGGAAAGAGGGGAAAGCAAACAAUUUUUAGGCCCGCCGCGUCCAGCAAAAAAUAUGAGAAAAAAAUUAUUAAAAAUCCGGGAAAUAGUUGAAAGUCAAGAAAAAUACCAUAGAAAGGAUGUUAACGCUCCCACGGGCCUUGUGUCUCUGCUGUGUUGAAGAUUUGGGUUGUCACGCUCUCUCUGUGCUGGGACAUAUCACUUGUGUCCGCCACAUGGCUUACUGUCGCUAAGUUGCCAUGGCAACGGUAUCUCCAAACGACUGCCCCACCACGGCAGAACACUGUCGAGUGCGGAAGAGGAGAGUAGAGGGUAAAGUGAGGAAGAACUUCUCCUGUCAGUUGUGUGAGAAGGCCUUCAACAGCUUGGAGAAGCUGAAGGUACACUCGUACUCCCACACAGGGGAAAGGCCGUAUCACUGCACACACACUGACUGCACCAAGGCCUUCGUCUCCAAGUAUAAACUCUUACGGCACAUGGCCACGCAUUCUCCAGAAAAGACACACAAGUGCAGCUACUGCGAGAAGAUGUUCCACCGUAAAGAUCACCUGAAGAACCACCUCCACACGCACGACCCCAACAAGGAGGCUUUCAGCUGCACAGAAUGCGGCAAGAGCUACAAUACCAAACUAGGCUUUCGAAGGCACCAAGCCCUUCACGCCGCGCACCGUGGAGACCUCACCUGCCAGGUGUGUCUGCAGUCAUACCCAAGCACUCCCCUGCUGCUGGAGCACCUACGUGGGCACGCAGGGAAAAGCGCUACCGCAACUAAGGAAAAGCGUCAUCAGUGCGAGCACUGCGAAAGGCGCUUUUACACCCGUAAGGACGUGCGACGCCACUUGGUUGUGCAUACAGGACGCAAGGACUUCCUUUGCCAGUACUGUGCACAGCGAUUCGGCCGUAAGGACCACCUUACCCGGCAUGUUAAGAAAAGCCACGCUCACGAGCUGCUGAGGGUUAAGGCAGAGCCUGUAGAUUUGAUGGAGUCACAGUCCUCGCCGACAUCUGGGCCUCUCUCUCUAAGGUAUCCGAUAGGUCAUGCUUCUUACUCGCCACCGCCGCCACUGAGGGCGGAGCUUGAAAGUUAUCUCUUAGAGCUACAGGCUGAAGAUGCACCCAAGCUGAGUGCUUCUGCAACGGUGACUGGAGAGACAACAUCGUCCCUGGACUUUCUGUCUCCAUUGUUCAAUUUUCUGCCUUACAACCAAGGGGCAGGGCCUACUUUGGGAGUGGCCUACAGCCAGGAGGAGGGGCUACUGACCACUCCCAUGCAGGACACCCCAGAGCCUCUUAGCCUCCUUCACUCGAUCACACACACACACACACUGUCACAAACCAAUGCAAUCACUCCGAGUUAUACGCAUCCACCAUCUCUGAAUACAACCACCACCCUGCCUCGCUUCCACCAAGCCUUCCAGUAACCCAAAUACACAUUCACACACAAUUUUUUGUAGCACUUAUUAAAACACUCUUAUGUUUAUUAUCUACUUAGCCCUUAAUCAGAUUCAUGCAAGCAUAAAGUCUCUGAAAUCCCGCCAAGGCAACAGUCUGCUUCCUCAAGCCAAUGGCACAUUUUUUGAGGAAAACCUUGAGGACACUAUCACACUUUUGAAAUUUUGCGAUCCUCAUUUUUUUUUCCGUCUAGAGGGGAAAUCGUUUUAACAAUGGAAGAUGCCAAUCAGCUGAAAAAUAUAUAUGAACAUUAAAUACGUGGUUAUGUGAUUUGUAAGAGCAGAGUUCCGUUUGCAGUGACGUAUCACUCUCAAAAUGCUGAAAGAGAAAUAGAGAGAGAGAGAGAGAGCACUUAACACAUUAACACUUUAAACUUCUAGCUGUGUUGAAGUUCCAUCAAAACUAAAAGAUAUUUCAUCUAAUGUUGUUUCCAUCUUCUUGUUUAAUAUAUAGCUCAUAAACUGUUGGGUACUGAACUACCACCUUUUUAGUGACUAUGUCACAACUAUUUACAGCCAAAGGCAACCAAACCUUCAUAUCUAAAAGAAAUAAAAGGAAGGUUCAUCUCUUCUUCUUUUUUUUUUUUUUUUUUUUUGUUUCUUUGGAUGGCUGUUUGCCAUCAUGCUGCUGCUCGUUGUAAGGGCCUCAAAGGAUACCAGUGCAGGAAUGCUUCACAAUUCACAUCAACAAAGGGAAAGGAAGAUGAAGACUCUCUCUCUCACCAACGUACACGCUCACGUCCUUUUACCCUCUUACUUCAUUCAACCUCAUCCACCAGUAUGCUGGCUAUUGCACUGAUCAAAGCUGUCAAUGAAAGAAACAUUCAUAUCAGUUUUUGCUGUCUCGGUUUAAGCUCACGGCUUAUAUAGCUCCAAAAGACAAAAUACAGUCUGUGACAGAGUGCGUCAUUAUAUUGACUUCUCUACAGUUUACCUGAAUAUAAGCUGAGGAUGUAGUUGAUCUCUCUAUCAAAUCCAUUGAAGUCUGUAAUGAACAUAAAGGUUAUUUACAUCGACAGUGAUUUGGGAAGCAAACGUUCGACAU